CCACUCCCGGGAGCCGGACUUGGAGGCCCGGCGGCGGCGUGCGGUCCGAGCAGGCGUCCACCGUCAGGCCGCCGCGUCUUUUCGUUUCCCCGUGCGGCGCAGGGCUCGCCCAGUCGCGCUGCGGACGGAGGGCCGGCCGCCGAGCACAGGUUUCCUAAAAGACAGAAAAAUGGAGGACUCAGUGAACCAACUGCAACCCCUGAAUGAGAAGCAGAUAGCCAAUUCUGAAGAUGGAUAUGUAUGGCAAGUCACUGACUUGAAUCGCCUCCACCGCUUCUUGUGUUUUGGUUCUGAAGGUGGGACUUACUAUAUCAAAGAACAGAAGUUGGGCCUUGAAAAUGCCGAAGCUUUAAUUCGAUUGAUUGAAGAUGGCAGAGGAUGUGAAGUGAUCCAGGAAAUCAAGUCAUUCAGUCAAGAAGGCAGAACCGCCAAGCAGGAGCCCAUGCUUUUUGCACUGGCCAUUUGUUCCCAGUGUUCCGACAUAAGCACAAAGCAGGCGGCAUUUAAAGCUGUUGCUGAAGUUUGUCGCAUUCCCACACAUCUCUUCACGUUUAUCCAGUUUAAGAAAGAUCUGAGGGAAAGCAUGAAAUGUGGCAUGUGGGGCCGUGCCCUCCGGAAGGCUAUAGCAGACUGGUACAAUGGGAAAGGCGGUAUGGCCCUCGCUCUGGCAGUUACAAAAUACAAACAAAGAAAUGGCUGGUCUCACAAAGAUCUGUUGAGAUUGUCACAUCUUAAACCCUCCAGUGAAGGACUUGCUAUUGUGACCAAAUACAUUACAAAGGGCUGGAAAGAGGUCCAGGAGUUGUAUAAAGAAAAAGCACUUUCUGCGGAGACUGAAAAACUCUUAAAGUAUCUGGAGGCUGUGGAGAAGGUGAAGCGCACAAAAGAUGAGCUGGAAGUCAUUCAUCUGAUAGAAGAGCACAGGUUGGUUAGGGAACAACUUCUGACAAAUCACUUGAAGUCUAGAGAGGUAUGGAAGGCUUUGUUACAAGAAAUGCCUCUAACUGCAUUACUAAGAAAUCUAGGAAAGAUGACUGCUAACUCAGUGCUUGAACCAAGAAAUUCAGAAGUAUCUUUAGUAUGUGAAAAACUCUGUAAUGAGAAACUAUUGAAAAAGGCUCGUGUACAUCCAUUUCAUGUUUUAAUCGCGUUGGAGACUUACAAAACGGGGCAUGGGCUCAGAGGAAAACUGAAGUGGCGUCCCGACGAAGACAUUUUGAAAGCUUUGGAUGCUGCUUUUUACAAAACAUUUAAGACAGUUGAGCCAACCGGAAAGCGUUUCUUGCUGGCUGUUGAUGUCAGUGCUUCUAUGAACCAGAGAGUUUUGGGUAGUGUCCUCAACGCCAGCACCGUUGCCGCUGCGAUGUGCAUGGUUGUCUCACGAACAGAAAAAGAGUCUCACGUAGUUGCUUUUUCAGAUGAGAUGGUUCGAUGUCCAGUAACUACAGAUAUGAGUUUACAGCAGGUUUUAAUGGCGAUGAGUCAGAUCCCAGCAGGUGGAACUGAUUGCUCUCUUCCAAUGAUCUGGGCACAAAAGACAAAUACAGCUGCUGAUGUCUUCAUUGUGUUCACGGAUAACGAGACCUUUGCUGGAAACGUCCACCCUGCUGUCGCUCUGAGGCAGUAUCGGAAGAAAAUGAACAUUCCAGCUAAGUUGAUUGUUUGUGGAAUGACAUCAAAUGGUUUCACCAUUGCAGACCCAGAGGACAGAGGCAUGUUGGAUAUGUGUGGCUUUGACACUGGAGCACUGGACGUAAUUCGCAAUUUCACAUUGGAUAUGAUCUAACCAUAAGCACCAGCACGAUUAGUGAUCUCGCUAAAAAUACGCAGCUACUUCCCAGCUAAUCUUAAUGCAGUGAAAGAUAAGAUGAUGGCAUAGUAUGUGUAUAAUGGAAAGUUUACCUAACCAAAAAAAGGGAAAAUAAGAUAAGCCCAAAGUUCACUCUAUCUAUCAACCUAACUCCUGGGAAGUAGCUUCGGAAUUCACUGUAGCUCCGAUAGAGAGCUGGUAGACACUGUAACAUAGUCCCACAGGUUUGCUUUGGUAAAUAAUCACAUUUGUAUUUAAACGAAGUAAGAGCCAAAUUUGUAAGUAGUAGUUCCAUAUCAUGUCGCUUGUUUGGAAAGUGCUUAAAGUUUUCUUAAAUGUUUUCAUUGGGAAAGGACAGCUUUGAUAAUGUCCAUCGACUCUGAAAUGCACUGGACCAUUAACUGUGAUGGCAUAUAAAGCUCAUCUGUGAAACAGCAGCCACGACCAAGGGAUAAGUAAUGAGUUUUACAGAUUCCUUUAAGCGUUUUCUAAGGUCCCGUAAAUAGCUUUCUUAUUCGGUAAAAAACAGAUUUUGUCUCAUGUUUUAUUUAAACUUAGAGAAUUAUUACCAUUAACCAGAAACACAACAGAAAGGCCACCCUUGGCUGGGGACGCUAACGCUUGUGUUGCCUGAGGAAGUCUGAGGUGUUGUGUUCUGGUAUGUUUUACUGCUGUGAGUGGAAGGUGUGACUUAACAGUUUCCUCCGAGUUGUAACAACAUAACUACACUAAGUCAUACUUUCUUUUUUAUUCAUGCUUUUAAAUGGAAACAACAUAAAAUGGUUCAAGCAUUUAACUCCCCCACUCAUAAUCUGAAAAUGACAAAUCUCAAGUAUAAUUGGAUUCACUUUUUCCUAACUGUAAAAUCAAAACUGUCCUAAUUUUUAACUUUUUUAGCCAAUUGUACAUGGGUUCUAAUUGUAAGCAUGUCGGUGGCCUAUUUCUUUGUUCGUUAUUCAUUGUGACAAAACAUUCUUUCUUGGUAGAGUAAAAUUAAAACAAUAAAGCAAGCUAGGUCUUUCAGGUUUGAAAGGCAAUUUUUGAGUAGCAUAUUAUCACUAACCAGUUUGUAAGAAAGUACUUUUUUCUAUUUUAUUGUGUAUAUUAAACUUCUUUUCAUUACACUAAAGUGCAUUAUUUUCUUGAGCUAAUACCUCUUCUUUGUGGGGAGGUUUAACUUAUUUAAAUGCCAAUACCUUUCCUUAUAAUUACAUGGUUGUCUAUGCUUACCCAUAAAACUUCAAUUUUUAUGUAUUUAAGUAAUAAUAGAGGACUUAUGGGGGGUUUUUAUAAACUCAUCACAUGUAGAAAGACAGACUAGUAUAUGUUCAUUGUAGCAUUUCGUGUGCUUGGGGUUUAGAGAUUUUGUUCGGGAGUUAGGGGACUUUAGUAGAGUUAGAACUUGUGUUGAUAUUGUCCUGUUUUAGGACAAUAAGAUUUGGGCUCUAGGAGUGACAAGAAAAUGUUUCUUUCACAUGUAUUUGACGUAUAAUACUAGCUCUGAUGUGUAGGCUUCAAGGCAACUUACAGUAAUGUUGUGAUUUACCUGAGAUUUUUUUAGUCAGCAAAACUAGUAGCAUCCUCACACCAAAAAAAACCACAUUGCUUCUGAUAUCAUUUUGUCUUAAUCCUCUGUCACACAUUGGAUUUAACAUACUAGCUUUUAUGUUCAGGUUGAAUUUGACAUUUAAAGAACCUAAUAGAAUUGUGUCCCAUCAUUUUUUAAGUACACCCAAUCCUAAUUUAAAAAAUCAUAAAAUAAUCAUUUUAUUCCUAAUUGAAAUUAAAUGUAGCAUAAAAGUGUAUUCCUUUCAGUUACAUACUAUUCCUAUAGUGUUUUUAGACAGAUCUGUUCAUGAGCUGAUGUGAAAUCCAUCAGAGAAGUAAUAUUAGAAAUAUCUUGUAAGUUGAAUUAAAUGGAUUAGGGAACAAUUUAAGAAAGAAGGAAAAGAAACAAAAACAGAAAAAAACCACCACAGAAAGUAAGUUUAUUUUCAAAUCCUGGACUUUUAGAGCGGGACCAAACCUUAGAAACGUAAAAAGAUGAUUUUUUUUUUUUUUAAUUUAGUUUAGGGAACUGGGGUUGAAGAAAGGGUGGCUUUGGAGCACUAGAUCUAGAAAUCUUCAUUUCAGUAUUCACAUCCCCACAAAAUAGGAAAACUGACAAGAAUAGGGGUGAAAAUAGAAUUAUUCAAGACUUUUAUCUUUUAGGUAUUAGGAAAUAAUGUAUAUAAUUGCUGAAGAAUAGAAAACCAAAUUAUAAACAUGUAUUUCUGUUCAUAGUAAUCCUCAAGCACAAUGCUUUUAAUAACCUAUGUUGCUAUAUAAUACACUCCUAUAGGAAAAUAAAAAAACUACCUCGUGAUUAAAAUGUACUCAAGUGAUAAAGUUAAUAAACUUCAUUUCCUAGAAAAUAUAUAUAAAUAUUUUCAGGAUAAAUUUGUAAUUAGUAAAACAAAAACUAUUGCUAAAGUCCUAUCCUUAUUAGUUGAUAUUUCUUGGAAAUUCUAUUAACUGUCAUAUGUUAUUUAGUAACUUUUGUAGGUAUAUUGUUGAGGAAGAUACUCAGGAAUGGGAUUCGGUGUUACCUCUGGAAGCUUUCACUGUGUGCUGUAGCGCCCAAUUUAACCUGUGUGAUUCAGUUUUGCUAUUUUUACAGAGUAACAUCUGAUGCUUAGAUCAUAGGAAAAUUAAUAUCUAUAUAAAAGUUUAAGUUAGGAUGAGGGCUUACAAUACAAAUUAGAACUUAAUAGGAUAUGUAUUUUGAAACAAAAUGGUCACGGGAAAUCGCUUAAUAGGCUCUUUAACUUCUGAGUGGGAAAAUGUGGAAGAAAAACUUUCAUUAUUCUCUGAUCAAGAGAAAGAAGGAAUAUACCAAGUCAAACAACUCCCCUCUCCCCCCAUAGAUGGACCUAGAAAAACAAGCUCUAACUCCAAAUGAGGAGAUGCUACAAACAUCUUUUAAUGGGGGGGGAUCAGGACACAUUUGUAAUACCUUAACUAGUAAAGAAUUUUAAAAAUAAAAAUAAAUCGGGACAUUACAAAUGAUAUAAUACCGUUUUAUGAGGCUUUUUCCCCUCUCAUUUUCUGAGAUUUCGCAAAAAAUUAUUUUGGAAAUUUUAAGGCAGAAUCUCUGAAUAAAGUUGAUCUGACAAGUGAGGAGCAUCAUUCAAAGCACAAAGCCAUAUCUUAAUGAUAAAAUCAGGAUCACCCACUGAGAUACUGUACCUAAAGACACUGCACCACAAGUACAAAUUUCUUGAGAAGUAAUAGUCUUAUAGUAAGUACCAUAAGCAAAAAUGAAAAAUUCUACUCUUGUAUGCCACAGGUUUGAACUAAGUUAAGGCAGUAUCCUCUAGAGCAGUGGUUCUCACCUUCCUAAUGCCGCAACCCUUUAAUACAGUUCCUCAUGUUGUGGUGACCCCAACCAUAACAUUAUUUUUGUUGCUACUUCAUAACUAAUUUUGCUACUGUGAUGAAUCGUAAUGUAAACAUCUGAUAUGCAGGAUGUAUUUUCAUUGUUACAAAUUGAACAUAAUUAAAGCAUAUUGAUUAAUCACAAAAACAAUAUGUAAUUAUAUAUGUGUUUUCCGAUGGUCUUAGGCAACCCCUGUGAAAGGGUUGUUCAACCCCCAAAGAGGUCGCGACCCACAGGUUGAGAACCGCUGCUCUAGAGAAUGCCAUGUAGCCUCAAUGUAAACAUGCUCAAGGAACAAUUAGGAAAAAAAGAUAAGGUAAGCUAUGAAUUAGUUGCAUUUAAUGUAUGGAUUUUCUUUACUAUUUCCCUGAUACUAGCUAAUCUCUUUGUUGGAAGACUACAUGUUAUAACUCUUUUUCUUAUAAAACUCCUGACAUUUUGGUCAUUUUUUUUUUCUAGUCUUGCUCUAUCUGGGUAAUAAAAUGAAUGGUAGAAAAAUCACAUGCAUUUAGAUUUGGGAAGAAUCUUUUGCAGAUUGUGUUGUAAAUAGAUUUAAGAUCAUUUUUUUCUUUUUUUAAAAAUAUUUUUUAUUAGUUUCAGAGAGGAAGGGAGAGGGGAGAGAGAGAUGGAAACAUCAAUGAUGAAAGAGAAUCAUUGAUGGGCUGCCUCCUGCACACUCCCCCAUUGGGGAUGGAGCCCGCAACCCAAGCAUGUGCCCUGACCAGGAAUCGAACCCUGGCCUUUUUGUUUAUGGGAUACUCAACCACUAAGCCACACAAUCCAGGCCAUAUUUUUUUUCAAAUUAAUGAUAGGCCUCUUGGAACAAUAUAUUGAUAUAGUCUCCCCAAAUCAAGUUAUGUUGUAUACAUUUUGUAUUAGAUAUUUGCACUCUUCGAAAAAUAAGUAACUGAAUACUCUUUCAGAAAAUAGUAUGUUUCAAUCUUUAUAUUUGCAUAAUUAUAGAGACCACUGUCAAAAUCUUUAGUCUAAGCACUUCACUAAGCUUGUAGCAAAGUUUUCUAAAUGGCAUGUAUUUACCUUAAACCCUUUUUUAAAAUUAGUGAGCUUUAUUUUUAAAAACUUAUUAUAAAGAUAAUUUUAAAAAUAAUCCUGCAGUAAUGUUUUUUGUGAAAAAACUAAUAUAGUUUAGCAUAAAUUCUGAAUAAAAUUAUAAUAAAUGCACAUUUCCCUAAACCCUGAAAAUGCCAAAUUAUAUCGGAAAUUGGUAAAAAGAAGCAUAAGCUAGAGUAGUUAUAUUACAAAAUUCUAUUACUGAAAUUAAGUUGAUAAUUUUCAAUGAGAAUUAAUUUUGUAAAUACAAUGAAAAUACACAAAAGCUAUUUCUGAACCAAAAGUGAUUUUCCUUUGCUUCUAUUCAGCACCACCAUGAGUCAUACUAAUUGUAGAAAUACGUGACGAUAUUUAAUUUUAAAAUAUAUUUAACUUUUAGUGGUUUUAGAAAUUAUCAGAAUCUGCUUGCACAAAAGAAAUAGUAGGUAGCUAUGGUGCUGCUGGUUUCGCUUAAUGAACACUUGGAUUAUUAAGGAUAGUGACUGAGGUUAAAGGCUUGCUAUUUUAUUACUAUCACCACAUAAGUGAUGGAUAUUGUAUCAAUACAAACACUGAAUGGAAACUUUUGUUUAAAUUACUUGUUAGGCUUUAUUUGCAAUGUAAACUGUUUAGAAUCCAUACCAGCCAAAUUAAAAUUUAAAUACAUGUAUUUGAUGAAUAGCCAGGAAAAAAUUAUUUUGUUGCACUAUUCUAAAUAUGGACUAUUUGGUAUGGCGUGACUUGACAUAACUUUUAUAGAGCCUUUGACUUCUAUUCCUUUUAUUGCCAGCUUCUGAUAAGAAGUUGUCCAAAGGGAUGAGAUAUAUAUAAGAGCUUUCUUUAACUGGUUGGGGGAGGGGCAUUACCUAGUUCUAAAUGUGCAUGUGCUUUAUAUAAAGGCUUUGAUUUCCGUGAUUGACCACUUAAGGAAUAUUUAAAUUACACUGACCAAUGCCUGCACAGAAUAAAAGUUAAGGGUACAAGA